AUGGGUUUCAAGGACAGAAUCAAGAGAACUUCCAGGCUUUUCAUCAACGACCCCAAUGGCAAUGCCGCCAAUGGCUCCGCCUCCAAGAGCGACAACCCUGAGAUUGCCGGUGCAGCCGAGGAGGCCGAGGACACCGCUGUCAACGCAGUGGAGGAGUCCGACCCUUCGGGAAUCCAGGCCAAGGCUCAGGAGGAGGCCAAUAAGAAGAUCGAGAAGGCUACUCAGGAAGCUGAGGCCAAGACUGAGGCUAAGAGUGGUGUUUCUGCUGAAGCUAAGGAUACCGCUGAGGAGGCUGCACCCGUGCAGGCUGACGCCGCUGGACAGACUACUGAGCAGAUAGAACCUGAGGCCAAGGAGACUGUCAGUACUUCUGCUGGCGUUCCAACCACCACCAAGGAAAAGGCGGCCCAGGCUGAGAAGUUGGCUGCCGAGGGUGAGAAGGCUAAGAAGGAUGUGAAGGACUCGGGCUACAAGAACGAGAAGAAGGACUUCUUGAAGCGUUUGUUCACCAGAUCCAAGAAGAAUAAGCACGACAAACCAGCUGCUGCUCCAGUCGCCUCUGACACUCCUACCCCAGCUGAGGCAGACACUGCUGUUGUUGCUGUCGAGCCAACCAAGGAGGUGCCAUUGAGCACCGAUGCUGCUAAGGCUGCCACCACCGUGCCUGUCACUGAUGUGGUUGUUGACACCGCCAACAAUGAUGCCACUGCCGCCGCUACUGCUGCCUCCGAGGUUAAGGAGGCCAAGUUGCCAGAGGUUGAGAAGGUGUCUGACGAGGUUCAGGCUGCCGCCAAGGCCAUUGGCGACCUGGUGGACCAGAAGGUUGCCGCCACCAAAGAGGCCAUUGAGGCCAAGUAA